CACUGUUGUACUAGUCACCAGCGUGACCUACUACAGAUGUACUAGUAUGACCUGCAGAAGAAAGAUUUUCAACACAAGGACAAGAAGAUGGCACCCAAAACAAGAGAACCAUUUGCUAGGAAAAUCUUCAAGGGAGUUCUAUUCCUUGAACUUGCUGCUGUAUUUGGGGUGUAUGGUUUAUUUCAUGCAAUGAACUCAAGUCGAGAUUUCAGGGGUACAAUGAACAGAAGAUUUCCAUCCGUUUUGGACUUAUAUUACAAGUCCAACGAGUGGGCAGGAAUCUAUGGCCUUCGGGAAACUGAUCAAGAGGCCUGGUCCGCCAAGAAGGAAUAGACACAACACAUGGUUGGCUGUAGAGCAAGAAACGUCCUCUGGAGUUUACAAUGUUUUAGAUGGACAUGAUGUGAUCCUCACUUCUUCCCACCCAUCUUCUUUUUUCCACCCAUCUUCUUGCCCAUCCAGGGUUUGCUGAAUGCUUUCCUCUUCUUGAACAUGGCGUUCUUUUUGCGAAGAGUUUUCGUGUCUCGGUCGUGAAGCCAGUCGUCUCGUUUGGCCUCCCAUUUGAUCUGUUUGACACCUAGUGGACACAUAAUGGAGAACAUGAUGAAGUGCAGUUCUAACGAGCUAUACCAACAACUCUUAAGAGGCACCACUGAAGUACCAUGAAACAACCCUCUUGAUUUGCUUCAGGGAAAAGUACCAACAUACAGUGAGAUUUGGAGAGGGAUGAACAAACUGCUAUGGACCAUGGCAGAUAUGUGUGGCUAGAAUCUAGCCCAGUUAAUAAAUGAAUUCACUCAUC